AUGAUUCAAGCAGGUGAUCAUCUUCUAUCUAUUGAUAUGCAUUCAUUACGUGGAAAAAUUUUAAAUGAAAUUUCAUCAUUACUAAAAAAUUGUGAUGAUAUCGUACGAUUAAGAAUAAAAAAAGAUGAUAUCUAUUCACAAGAUAAUCUUUGUGAAAAUGUUGUUGUUUAUAAAGUACAAUUACACCGACAAGGUGGUCCACUUGGUUUAACAAUAGCAGGCAGUGAAGAUGUAUUUGAACCAAUUAUUGUUUCGGAUUUAUGUGAAGGUGGAUUAGCUGAUAAAACAAAUGCAAUUCAUAUUGGUGAUCGAAUAUUAGCAAUAAAUGAUGUUAGUCUACGUGGUAAAGGUCUUAAUGAAGCAAUUAAAUUAUUACAAACAAGUGGUGAUGAAAUAACAUUAAAAAUAUCUCGAUUAGUUCAUCAACAACAAAAUUAUACGCCAUCUGUUGAUUCAGCUAUGGAAUCUUGGGAUAGUUCACAUACAGAUAAUAGACUUAGUGAUAAUAGUGAAGGAACAACAAAAGAAAUUAUUGUUAAUGAUCAUCAACAUUAUCAAAUACCUCAUUCAAAUGGAAAUGAUAGUGAUUUUCUACUUAAACAUCAAAUACAUUCGAUACCGAUAACAACACUAAAUGGUAAUCGUCCAAUGGUAAUCUUUCCACCGGUGUCUGGUUAUCGAACACCACCAUCUAAUGGUCGACUACGCGAACCACCGUCACGUCAUUCGGAUCAUGAACGACAAAGUGCAUGUAUUCUGAAUGAUAAACCAAUCGGAACAAAUAUUUAUGAUACAAAAUAUGAUAAUUUUACAAGAGAUCGUUUAGCAAAUGAUACAAUAACAGUUGUACUUAAACGUGAUAAACGUGUACUAGAUUUUGGCUUUUCAAUAUCUGAUCGUCUGUAUGGUACAGGUGUCUAUAUAAAUAAAAUUCGACCAAAUGGACCAGCUGAAUUAGAAGGAACAUUAAUACCAUGCAUGAGAAUUUAUAAAGUAAAUAAUACUGAUGUAACACGUAUGGAAUGUAAUCAAGUUGUACCAUUAUUAUCAUCAUCAUCCGAUGAUUUAAUUUUAGUUGUUGGACGACGACCAGCACCAAUGUUUGAUGAAACAGAUGAAUUAUUUCAUAUUGAUGAAAAUGAAGAUGAACAUCAAUCAUCUAUUAUUACUGAUGGAUCCAUAAAUGAAAAUCAAAUGUCAAUUGUAAAUGACAAUAAUAUGUAUUCUCGUCUUUCACAAUCAAAAACGAGUAUUGUAUGA